GUAAACUCACUCUAUGUGACACCCAAGUGAGAGUGAGGUUCCCAACCUAUUUUUCUUGCAGGUAUGCCAUACAAUCCAAAAGGAUAAAUGCACGCGCUCAUCACUCUCCCCGCUUAAACCCCUCAUUUGCAGCACCCUUAUCACCUCUUCCUCGGCUCCUCCUCCUCCUCCUCCAGCCACUACCCGGAGUCGACUGAUUCCAUGGCGUAUUCUCCUUCCUCCAUUAUCGGCGUUUCAUCCGUAUACCAACCCAAUCCGUCGCUAGAAACGUCGAGGAAAUCCAAUUCCACUCCCCCUCUUACGUCUUUCCCCUUCUCCGCCCAAAAGCUCCAUUUCUAUCCUAUAAAAUCUUCUUCUUCCUAUUCUUCUUCGAUUGUUCGCCUAAAGCAGCGCUCGAGCUUGAAUAAGCUCUCGGCGUCUGCUAUAGCCACUCCUAAUUCGUCUCUGAUCAGUGAGCAAGCUCUCAAGGGAUUCGGGGAGUUCACUCGGGAUUCUCUGAGCGACUUCGAAUCGGAGUUAGACGAGGACGGGAGCGGCUCGAGGGCUGGCGAGGAUGAAGAUGAACUCGCACUAUCUAAUUUAGGUCUGCCUCAGCGGCUGGUUGAGAGUCUCAAGAGAAGAGGAAUUACUCACCUUUUCCCCAUUCAGAGAGCUGUGUUAGUGCCUGCAUUGGAAGGUCGCGAUCUGAUUGCUAGAGCAAAGACAGGGACCGGGAAGACACUUGCCUUUGGCAUCCCAAUAAUCAAAAAGAUUACUGAAGAAGACCAAUCAUCAUUUUCCCAAAGAAGGGGAAGACUGCCUCGAGUGUUGGUCCUUGCACCUACUAGAGAGUUAGCCAAGCAAGUGGAGAAGGAGAUCAAAGAAUCGGCUCCAUAUUUGAACACGGCGUGUAUAUAUGGGGGAGUGUCAUACGUUGCUCAAGAAAGUGCACUUUCCCGUGGGGUUGAUGUGGUUGUUGGAACACCAGGAAGACUUAUUGACCUGAUUAACAAUAAUAGCUUGAAGCUUGGGGAAGUGCAAUAUUUGGUGCUUGAUGAAGCUGAUCAAAUGCUUGCGGUUGGAUUUGAGCAGGACGUAGAGGUAAUCAUGGAAAAGCUUCCUUCACAGCGGCAGAGCAUGCUGUUUUCUGCAACCAUGCCGGCCUGGGUAAAGAAACUAACACGGAAACAUCUGAACAACCCACUGACUAUUGAUCUGGUUGGUGAUCAAGAGGAAAAGCUAGCGGAGGGGAUUAAACUUUAUGCAAUACCAACCACAUCAGUCUUGAAACGGACUAUCCUCAGUGAUCUUGUAACGGUAUAUGCUAAAGGCGGGAAGACAAUAGUGUUCACAAAGACAAAGAAAGAUGCUGACGAGGUUUCCAUGGCAUUGACAAAUAUCAUUCCUUCAGAAGCAUUGCAUGGUGACAUCUCUCAGCAUCAGAGGGAAAGAACAUUAAAUGGGUUUAGACAAGGAAAAUUCACAGUGCUUGUUGCAACUGAUGUUGCAUCUCGUGGCCUUGAUAUCCCCAAUGUUGAUUUGGUAAUCCAUUAUGAACUACCCAAUGACCCUGAGACGUUUGUGCACCGAUCUGGUCGAACAGGACGGGCGGGAAAGGUUGGAAAUGCCAUCCUGAUGUUUACUAGUAGCCAAAGGCGGACUGUCAAAUCUCUAGAGCGUGAUGUGGGAUGCACAUUUGAGUAUGUAAGCCCCCCAUCAGUUAAUGAGGUUUUGGGCUCAUCGGCUGAGCAAGUGGUAGCUAGCCUUGGAGCAGUCCAUUCUGAGUCUAUUGAACACUUCAUCCCAACAGCUAACAAGUUGAUUGAGGAACAAGGAGUUAAUGCUUUGGCUGCUGCACUUGCAUUAUUGGGUGGUUUUGCUAAACCACCUUCUUCUCGUUCUCUAAUCACUCAUGAACAGGGAUGGGUUACGUUGCAGCUUACACGUGAAACUGGUUUCUCACAAGGAUUCAUGUCUGCUAGAUCUGUUACUGGGUUUCUGUCUGAUGUUUAUUCAACAGCUGCUGAUGAAGUUGGGAAAAUACAGAUAAUUGCAGAUGAACAGGUUACCGGUGCAGUGUUUGACCUUCCAGAGGAAAUUGCAGCAGAUCUCCUAAAUCAGCCAUUGCCACCUGGAAACACUAUAUCCAAGAUUACAAAGUUGCCUGCUUUGCAAGAUGAUGGGCCCCCAAGUGAUUUUUACGGAAGGUUUUCAAACAGGGAUAGGAGCCCACGAGGAGGAGGUUUCAGGGACCGACGAGGCGGCAGACCUUCAAGAGGCUGGUCCGGUGCCCGGUCAUCAGAUGAUGAUAGGAAUGAUGAUUGGGAUGAUGGGUUUAGACGUGGCCGAUCAAGAAGUGGAGGUAGCGAUUGGCUGAUCAGUGACACACGGUCCAACCGGUCAUCAUCUUAUGGAGGAAACAGGGAUAGGAGCUUUGGGGGCGCAUGCUUCAACUGCGGUCAAGCAGGUCACAGAUCGUCCGAAUGCCCUAAAAAACGUAACUAUUAGAUAUUACAUCUUCCUCUCCCCCACUUGCAGCGGUUUGUCUUGAGAUCAUUUCACAGAUCCUUAACUGUUUGGGCUAUGCAGUUUAUACAUUUAUGAUACAAUUAUGCUUACAUGUAAAUUUUAUGUAGACAUAUGUAUGUGUGUUUGGUAUCUCAUUGUUUCCCACCUUGAUCUAAUGUCCUAUAGAAUAGAUAUAUUGCCAUUUC